UAGAGUUAGGCGUCGACCUAGUCAUGCGUAAUUUUGCCUUUUCGCGUCAUAAUAUCUACUAUCCAAUCUGAAUUCCGAAAUAAUUGACCAAUCAGUGACUAGAUCACGACCUGGAUUAAACGAACAGUAUGAUACAAGGACAAUUCGAGUUAGAUCUCUCCCCCUAGGUGUCAUAAUGCAAGCAAAAGCAAAAAUGGCUUCAACAAAUAAAUACACACAGUAAAAAAUAUUGUUUAUGUCCUUAUCUUAUUCGAAGCGCGAUUAAACAUCUGUCCACCUGGCAAUUGGACACUUGCUUUUUGGAAUGACAUAAAUAUCGACCAUGACUGCAGCUGACUGAAAUGAUGGUUUUUUAAAACUCAUUCCUAUGUAAACAGUGUUUAUUCAAUGACCUAGUUUGUGGAUCAAUAUAACCACGAGGAAUUAGAUAGUAGAUAUUCAGUGUACUAAUGAAAAGUCAUGUGAAGCGCCUGAAAACUAAAUCAUCUUAGAAGCAUGUUCCUUUUACGGAUUGCAGAAGCUCUUGUAACAAGUGAAGAGUCACAUAUGGCGUUGUCAAAUGCUUCUGAAAAUGAAACUGCUGAAUGCAAACAAAAUUUUUAUAAGUUUUCAGAAGAACAAUCUCCAGAAGAUAACAGAUCAUUAUCUUCACCACACAUCCCCGAUGCUACUCUAAGUAAUCAACCGGUGUUUGAAGGAAGUGAAAAGUUAUCGAGAAUUCGAUUGAGUCCUUCAGGUGAUUCUUCUAUACCUAGUCCAUUGUCUUUUCCUACGAAAUUUAUUCCGUCGAGAAAUUCAGAAAUUAACCCUUAUCCAUCUGCUUCAUUGAACCCGGUAAAUGUUAACAGCAUUCAUCCUUCUAAGCAGGUACAUCAGGGAUUAUUAUAUAAUUUGCUCAUUUCCAAAGAAACUUCAUCACAAAAUUCUACGUCUAAAACUUCGGUCUCUAUUUCUCCCGGUCAGUCAUUAAUGGAAACUAAUGAAAAUAUGAGUGAUGUACGAACAGAUAAGCCACUUUCUGACUCAACAAUGUUCAUGGAUUCUCAUAAUGCAGAUACAAACAUUUAUCCUAGCUCAGUUAAAAGUUCUACAGUUUAUUCUAAUUUUCGUCAUCGAGCAAACUCUCUUGGUUGCAAACUUUCUAAUAACCGCCCAUAUACUCGACCUCAUGCCUCAUCUUUUGGUGCCGCUUCUGAUUUUUAUCCUAGCCUCAAAGCACGUUUACAGCAUCGUCGCCAAAUGGAAGGAUCAACACCAGAUUCGGUCUUUUCAAAACCAAAAUAUACAUUAUAUCAUCGGGCACUGUCAAAGUCACAUGAAAAUGCUAUGAACGUUUCACAUAUAGACAUUCGUUCUCACAGUUUAAGCGCUAUCUUACCUCAAAAAUCUAGUUUAUCCUCAUCCGGUGUAUCUAGUCCCCGUGUUCCACCCCAAAGUUUUCCAGUUUAUCCCAGAAUGAUGGCUCCCUCUCCCACUAUCACUUCUCAGAGUUCAGGAUAUAGUUCAGCUGGCCUGCAAAAAUCUCCUCAUACCUCUUCACUGUCAAAUGAUUCAGGAUCUGAUGAGCCAAUUGAUCUCACUGGCCACUCUGUACCCAUAUCAUUAAUAACAAAUACAUUUUCUUUACCUACUAUUACUCCCGGUGUUAAUAAUAUUCAGAAUGGAAAUUUUCCUUAUGUACAGUUAGCUAAGAAAACUGCUCGUCCGGUGCAAGCACGAAUUACCGAGUGGUUACGGCAGAUUACUGAGUUUGUGGCCCUAUCUACGCCUCUUGUUUCUACUUUGAAACCUAAAUUAUGGACUCUUAAUGAUUUAUCUAAACAAGAACAUCAUUUGAAUAACAAGAAUGUUGCUUUUCCUUGGUUAUCAUUGCUUGCACAAUGCUGGCAAAAACUGUUAGCCUUAAGUAUGGUUGAGAACUCUUUGGAUGUUGUUGUUGUUGAAGAUAAAUCACCAUACGAAGAAAACCAUCAAUACCGGGAUCCUAUGAACUUGGAAAUCCCAUGGUCUCUGCUUCUAGAUAUACAAAGACAUGGAGAAACGAAAAACAGGAGGCCAGAUCGGAAGUUUUCUAAUGAACUCCUUCAAUUUUUGUCAGAAAUACGUCAAGCUGGUUUGAGUGCUCAGGAGUUUUAUUUAUUGCGUCACGUAGUUCUUCUGACUGUUGAUGAACCGGAUACUUUGCCUACCUUGGGUUUAAAUGUCAUCCGUGCUUCAAGAUGCAUGAACAGUAGUAAUAAUAAUAGUAGUAAAACGGAUCAGUCGAAUUGUGUUGCUAAUUUAUUAAAAGAUGGAACUCAGGCUUCUAUUCUUCCAUCAGAAGGUGAACCGCCCACAGUGACUUUUGAUUUAGCAUGUUUAGCUUGUGGAUUAAAAGCUCUCCGAUCCAUGUGUCCUUAUCGAAUUGCAAGUUUAUUCUGCAGUCAUUUACGAAAUAGUUCAAUUUUGAAUCAAACAUUUAUACUUGAAAUGCAUAUAAAAUAUUUAUUAGCCCUUAAAGAUCUGCAAACGUUAUCUUCUUCACAAAUCACCGCUGAGGUUGUUAGUAAUGGGAUUAAUAACAGUAAUAAUAGCAGUAUCAACAGUAAUGGUAAUAGCAACAGUAAAAACAAUAUCAACAAUAAUAAUAAGCAUCCCAUGCUUCGAAAGAUACAAGUAAAUAAAAAAGUAUCUUGGAACAAUUGUUUGAUAGUGCUUGAAAAUAAAUAUCACAAUUUGUAAACAAUUAUGUGGGAUUGUACUAGUUCUUUAUCUCCUAAUAAACAAUAGCACUGAAACCUAAGUAUUGAAGACACUAAAUGAAAAGAGUACAGACCCAAGAAAGAGGAAAUGUUGGUAACAUUGGUAAUGGUAUCAUCUUUGUUAAUAAACAACACUACUUCUUUCUUGGGCUGUACUCUUUUCAUUUAGUGUCUUCAAUACUUAGGUUUCAGUGCUAUUGUUUAUUAGGAGAUAAAGAACUAGUACAAUCCACAUAAUUGUUUACAAAUUGUGAUAUUUAUUUUCAAGCACUAUCAAACAAUUGUUCCAAGAUACUUUUUUUUAUUUACUUGUAUCUUUUGAAGUAUGCAAUGUUUAUUAUUAUUGUUUAUAUUGUUUCUUUCUGUUGUUAGCUCCAUUACUGUUUUGAUGAUACUGUCUGUGGUAUAGUGAUAUUAGUGAUGCUCUUAUUAUUGUUAAUUUUACUACACAUACUAUGUUAUAAUGCCUUAUUAUGAAAACAAACUUUUCAAAUAAUAAAUUUAAUUUAUUCUUUCUUGUUUCAUCUGUUCAUUUUCAUUUAACUAUCACUGAUCUCGAUUGUCUAAAAAAAAACAGUCGUCAAUCCCAUUGCAAAUACCUGAUGUUCAACAAUAUCGUGUUGAAUCAUAAAUUCAGAGAUUGUACUGUCUAGACAUUGAGUAAUUGGUUGAAUUAUUUUGCUUGUCCAUAUUUAGGUCAAAUAUACUCUGUAUAACCUUGAGAUCAUUUCUGCACUGUAAAAACAUGCCAAUUUUUUUCAAUAAAUACUGAGUGGGCUUACAUACGUACAUGAUCUAUGAUUUAUUUUGUGUUCAACUUUGUACUAAUAUUUAUUGAAUUAGUAUGACUCAUGGUUUUAUUUCAGUCCGAAAAGUCUGACUAGAAUCAAACUUCUUAUUAAACCCCAUCUUUUCGUUACAGUGUUAAAAAUCUAUUGGUUUCCGUUUCAACUGUCAGUUAAAAAAUAGAAAAUUUAUUCAUUAAGCG